CUCAAUGUGCGCAUCGCCGUGUACAGCAAUAGUAGACAAUGGCGAGUUCAUGCACUAGCGAGAGGUUUAUUAUUCAGCAGGACGCGGAUUGCUUGCGGUCGAAACUCAUUCACUGUGUGGGUAAGAUCAUUAAGGUCUGUUUAAAGUGUUUCUUCAGCGUCGGUUAAAUACAAAUGUGCGCUCUAAUUCCGGAGUUAGCAUGCUAACACGCUAACCGUCAGGAUUAGGUCAAACCUUUGAAAUGUGUGAAUAUCAGUACAUAUUAAACACGGAAUUAUCUGCUCCUUCGUUUGCCUGUGAUGCGUUUCUUUUAUUCCUCGUUAAGAUAUGAGCGGAUUGUCAUUAAUAUGGAGUUAUUCGCGAUGUGCGCGCUCACGUACCUCAUCUGAGAGGAGAUUUGUUUUUCUCUCGACUAGUUUAACAUCUAGAGUGAGUGAUUGACACAAUGGUCAUGUCCAUAUAUAUUAGUGUGAUUUGUUUUCAUAUGUUAUUGUUGAAGAAGUGCUUAUUACUGGUGUGCUUCAGACGAGUCAUGUGACUUUACGAAAGUCUUCUGGAGUCAUCCUAUGGCUUUGUGAGGAACAGACCGAAAUUUGAUAAGAAGUUUGAUCAUUUUAACAGAUAAUUCCCCCCUCCAUCCAAAUAUUUCCUUGUGGAUAUUUGAGCAAACGCACAUAUUGCAUUCACUUUACAAGUACUGUGGCCCAGUGUCAAUGACUUCACUGGCAACGAUUUGUAAGGACAUUGGUUUUGGACAACCUUUCAGUGCACCAUAAAAAACAGGCUUACCUGACUUCUUCGCAUGGGAAAUUAUAACCUGUGUUUAGUGUAGAAGGAACUGAAUGUGAUUUUGCAUGGAGUGUAAUAAGUGCACCAGUACCCUCAUCUGCUCCAGCAGUACAUCUCUCAAUCACAGCCUAUAGUGAUGGUUAAAAACAACAACAACCAAAUAAAAUGGGUUUUAUAUCUCCAUAGUUUUUUUUUUUAACCAUGAAUAGAACAUUCUCGGUAAACAAGAUUGGUGGGCGGACAUUGUUUCACAAAAGAACAUUUUUUAAAAUGAUUAUUUCCAUGGCCUGUUUUCCCAUAUUUGAGUUCUAAACUGAAAUGGGUAGAUCGUGUUGAACUACUUCUUGCAUUAUAAGUUGGGCACACCUGGAGUAGUCCAUGUCUGUCAACUUGAAUUAGCCUAUAUAAAUGUGUUAUUUUAUAGAUAUGCUUUGUGUCUCUGUUGACUUUAGUUAUUGUUUGCUCAAUUAUUUGGUUGUUAUUCAGUCGUAGAGUACAUCAAACUUCACUUACAGUCAGCACUUCACCUCCACAACUUGCAUUCAGAGUUCUUAAAUCAUUUUUCAGAUUACUUGAUUAAUCGUCAGAAUAAUCAUUAGAUUACUCGAUUACAAAAGCAAUCAAUAGUGACAUCCCUAGUUGCAACAUCUAAAUGCAGAACAAAAAAGGAUCUGACUCAAAUCCGUUUAGGUUUCUGUAGUCUGAACAGGACAAAAAUACAACAAUCCGAUUUUUACAAGCCUGAUCCACCACUUUCGUUUUUUAAGCCGUUGUCUACAACAAAUGUCAUAUUUGAUGCUGCCCAGUGCCCUCAUGGAAAUGUCCAUUGCUAAACUCUCACGUAUGGUGAAUACAAAAGUUUGCAUCAUUACUAUAGCAAAAGCAACUGCAGUCUGAACAGAAAAAAAUCUGAUCUGUCCACAUAUAACAUGCAGUUUGAACAGUCAGUCUAAAAAAUCGGAUGUGAGAAUAAAUCAGAUUUUGUUCUUUAUAAACCCAUACUCAGUCUGACACAUUAUUAGAUACUUUAAAACUGUUAACAAUAGCACAGGAGGAUUACAAAAAACACCACCGUUUUUGGUAUACGAAGGCACUUUGAUACAAAGACAUAAAUACGGUGUGCACUGUAAGUCACAGUGAUAAUUUUUAAAUUAUCAAAAUUUGGCAAAGGAAAAAAACCAUAAAAUAUUUAACUUAAGUUGUUUCUUUUUAAAAAGUGAUACAGAGGCAAAGAUUCUCUAAUAUAUAUAUUUUUUGUAAAGAGAACUCAUGUAAGAUUAAAUGCAAAAGCUAAAAUGCAACAAUAUGAAAUUGCCUACUUUAAGAAUACAAUCCAUGUAAAAUCAGAAGAAUCCUCACUGCCUGUUCAUAAUUUCUUCCUCGAGUUACUUCGGCAUUUAAUGUCGGUGGUCGAAACCGCUUUCUGUGAUUUAGCAUCACCAGUUGCACUGGUUUUGGUAACUGCAGUGGCUCCUUAUGACACAUUCACUGUAAAAAAAAUAAAAUAAAAAGUGGUUUCAGGGUCCGGACCCCAGAUUGAUUCCAUCCGGACUGCAAGACAUCAUUACGACGGUUGCAUCCUCUCUUCGUCUCUAGUGAGCAGCGUGAAAAAAAACAAACAAAAAGUGCCGUGUACACCAGAUCUGUUCUUUCUGCGCUGUAGUCUUGAAUAUUUUUCUCUAGCACUGAACAUGCUUUAUUUAUGCCCUGUCCUGCUCUUCACGCGUUGCCUCUUUUCCUCGCAUGUGAGUAGACAUGAGGCGCUGCAUAAGUUAGCGUGGUUCCAAAGUGCCUUUAGACCAUACCAUUUUUUCCUUCUAAAUGUAGCUUUAUUAAUCAGCAUGUUACGAGCCUUCAAUAAUAAACAAACGGAUUUCUGUUCUAGUUUUGUGAAAUUAACCAGAUGUCAUCAUCUCUGGCAUGGAUGACAAGGAAAGUCAAUAAAAUUACUAGUUUGUAGCCUAGUCUUUCUCACUUUAAUGAAAAUAUAAAUAUGGUCCAUUCAGACUUUUACAUUUUCAAAAUUUUCUGUCAGGGAUACCCCUGAACACUCAUACAGUAUCAUUCCACAGUCACAAAGUCUUCUAUGCCCCCAUACGUAUCUGAAUGGAACAACAUGUACAAAUAAUAUGAAUGUAAAAAUGUUAUGCUGUCGUUAUGCUUCAAAAUGAACAAAUUAUCUUUUAACAUUCAUAUCAUCUUUGAGAUGUUUCUACACUUUUAUUGGAGUCCACCUGUCGCAAAUUCAAUUGAUUGGACCUGAUUUGGAAAGGCACUCACCUGUCUAUAUAAGGUCUCACAGCUGAAAAUGCAUAUCAGAGCAAAAACCAAUCCAUGAGGUCAAAGGAACUGCCUGCAGAGUUCAGAGACGGGAUUGUGUCGAGGCACAGAUCUGGCGAAGGCUACAAAAAAAUUGUGGCUGCAUUGAAGCUUCUCAAGAGCACAGUGGCCUCCAUAAUUCUUAAAUGGAAGAAGUUUGGAACAAACAGGACUCUUCCUAGAGUGGGCCUUGGUAAGAGAGGUGACCAAGAACCCGAUGGUCACUCUGGUUGAGCUCCAGAGAUCAUGUGUGGAGAUGGGAGAAACUUGCAGAAGGACAACCAUCACUGCAACACUCCACCGAUCUGGGCUUUAUGGCAGAGUGGCCAGAUGGAAGACUCUCCUCAGUGCAUGAAAGCAAAAAUGCACCUAAAGGACUCUCAGACUGUCAAAAACAAGACUUUCUGGUCUGAUGAAACGAAGAUGAAAUGAAGAUUGACUACAGACUGGGCCGAAGGUUCAUCUUCCAACAGGACAAUGACACUAAGCUCACAGCCAAGACAAUGCAAGAGAGGCUCAGGGACAACUCUGUGAAUGUCCUUGGGUGGCCCAGCCAGAUCCCAGACAUGAACCCAAUCGAACAUCUCUGGAGAGACCUGAAAAUGGCUGUCCACUGACGGUCCCCAUCCAACCUGACAGAUUUUGAGAGGAUCUGCUGAGAAGAAUGGCAGAAAAUCCCCAAAUUCAGGUCUUGACAGUAUCUUGAAAGUGUUUUUUGGGACACAAGUUCUGGAGGAUCUCAGGCUUUUAAAAGAUUGUAAGCCUGCAAGUGUGUCAAAUUGGUCAUUUGAUGAAAGUUGUCUUUUCUGCUGCUUAAGACGAGAAAAAGUGAAGAAACAUGUAGUUGCACUCAACAAACAAAUCGUGGAAAGUGGAGGUAAACCUUUACUGGGUAAAGAUCCUUCUAAUAUCAACAGACUCGAGUGGCAAUCAGAGGAGUUCCUGUAUGCAGUGUUACACAGGAAAGAACCUUGUCAUUAACGAGUUCAUCAUGGCGGACCAGGAUGCCCCGCUGGACCUUUCGCUGAAGAAGAUUAAAGUAGAGAAUUUGGAACAAGAUGGAGUUCUUGACCUUUCAACCAAGAAGAAUUUCAACAAAGGUCAUACAUCAUCUUUCAGGAAUUCUCAUGGCCAUGUCAGUCCGGCUGCACCUUUGGUCAAAAGGGACCCUGGCGAUGUAAGUCUUGCCCAAGUAAGAGAUCUACACUCGGCCUCCACUUUGGAACAGUUCAUGUCUAAUCUGUGUUUGCAUCACCAGCAUCAAAUAGUUGAUGCAUUGGGGUUCUUGCAGACUGAAGUCAAGACUGUUGCCCCUUCCAGCAAUUUUCAAGCACCUGCACCAAAUUUAUCAGAGAAGCAAAGAUCAACCAGAUGUAAUCAUGUAUCGUUUGAAGCAAGGUCCGAGAUUCAGUGGCCUGAGAGAACAUGCUCUGUGGAUGCUGCUGUAAGCAUUACUAGAACUCAAGAAUCAUCUUUUGUCAGGACAAGUGAAGAGGAUACUGAAGAGGCUUUGAAUGCUGAUGUUUCCAGUAUUGCACCUUUAAUGACUGAAAAGCCAGUAGACAUUCACAACUUGGGUGUUGGAGUUUUGUGUUCUUCCUCUUGUAGAACAGGUGUUGAGCGUGGAAAUAUAAGUACUCCUAAAUCUCCAAGCCUUUUUAUCAUGAAAAAGGCAAAGUCUGAUCAUCUAGAAACAAAACAGUUGUUAGGCUCAAGCAUUCAACAUGUUGGUACAGACACUGUAAAGAAGUGCCUAAGCAAUGCUGAGAGAUGUUUACCAACAUGUACUGCAGAGUCUGACCAUGCUGAUCUCUCUUUAAAAUGCGCACCGAGGUGCUCUAUAUUACAAAACAAAGAUGCUGUUGUAAAGCCCCCCACCAUUCAGAUGACACCUACUGUAGCAUUACCAAUAUCUCCAAGAACAGCCAGGAAAAGCAGAAAAGGUUCUUGUGUUACGCAAAAGAAUUGUGCUUCAAAUUAUAUCCUAAAUGAGCCUGAUUGUGACUUGGUGUUCAUUAGAAAAUCAAUAACGGAAUGUCAGCCUCAAUCACAUGAUCGACUGCAUCCACGACAAAAUGCCCGGAAGAGCACAAGGGGUCAUAAGUACAUUGAGGAGUACUUGGAACUAAAAACUGUUCGUACGUUAGCUCGUAAGUUUGUAAGUGAUGCCAGUGGGAAUUGUCCAGCUCAUCUGCCAGAUGUGCAUACUUCAGUCACUCCAAAACAGUCCCUUUCCAAGCCUGACAGUGUUCCACUCAUGAACGCACCGUUUACAGGGGAUUGCAUGGAAAAUGUUAUUCAGAAAUUACCAUCAGAGCAGAUACCGAAGAAUGAAAUGCCAGGAGAUGUUGUAAAUGUAACCAGUCAAGGCCUGAUGGUUGAAACCACUCAGACUUGUAAAAUUGAAAACAAUUAUCAAAUUUCCCAUGAACUUGCAUGUAAACAGAGUGAAUUAACCAUGCAACAAGAUUUGAUCACAAAUGCUCUCUGUUGUGUUCCUAAUACAAUUGUGCCUGAAAAACAUAAGAACAUGGUAGAAGUCAUAGAAACCACUGAAACAACAGAACACAUUGUACAGAACGAAGGGAGUGAUACUCAAAAAGGACCAUUGUUGAAAGAUGUGGUUUGUGGUUUAGGAAGUAAGGCUAAGUGUCAGGAUAAAUCCAUGGAGCCUUCACUGAGUCGCUCAGUAUCACCUAACAUAGCUGAAGAUGAUUCUACUCAUGAAUUCAAUGUGGAAUCAAGAAAUUACUUGAAUCAAAACCUCUCAAAAGUCAAGAUUUCAGCUGAUCCUAUCGAACAGUCAGAGGCGGUUGAAAUAAAGGCAAAUACUGACGAGGUAAGAGGUGUCCAAGAGCAAGUUUUGCAUGAUGUUGAGCAGGAUCAAGGUGCUCAAGAGCAAGUUUUGCAUGAUGUUGAAUUUAAUGUGAAAACGGCAAAUGCUUCCAAACUACCAACGAAGAGUCAAGGGGAUUCAGAGGUGCCCAGCCUGAUGGCAGUCAUUGCUGGACAGCCACUUUUAAAAUGUAACGAGAAGGAUAUGACUUUGCAUUCUCAAAAAGAUUUGGAUGCAAAAAUGGUGCUAGCGAAGCAGGCCGUGUUCUCUGACAGAUGCUUGCGUAGUAGAGGUUCAAAAGGCAGUAUUGAUGUAGUAAAAGUCUCUAAGUGUGGUGCAUCAGAACUUGUUAACUCAAAGAUGACACAUUCCAAUGAUGAAACCACCAAGAUCCCUUCGGUUAAACAGCCUCUGAAUUCUAUUGAAACAAAUGUGCAUUCUGAGGGUGAGCACAAUUUGAAAACUUCAGAAAAUCUUAAAAGAGGAGCCAAAUCUAGUAAUAGACUAGUAUUGGAUCAUACAGUUGAAAUGAGACAAAAACAAAAAUCAAAAUCAGCUGUUGAGAAAGAUGAGCAUCAGAGGCCAAACCUCAAAACUGACAAUGAUGACAAGGUAACAAUUAUGUCACCUGAUGUUCCGGAGACUGUGAGCAUCACCUCCACAAUCAAGACUGGACAAGGCUCUGAAAGCUCUGAAAAAAUGGCACUUAGAAGUAGUCAUAAUGAACUUUCCGUUAGUAGAGACAACUCAUCACCCAUCAAAAAGUUUCCACCAAGCUCUGAAAAUAUGCUGUUGAGAAGUAGAAGUAAUAUUGAACCAGCUUGUAGUAGCGAAUCAAGCAGUCUGACCCCAGUAGGUCAUCCAGAGAACCUAGGGCAGAUACCUUUAAGAAAGAAUAUCUGUACUAGUCAACAGACAACCAACAGAGAUUUGUGCACAUCUCCUAAAGGGGAUACUGAGAGGGUGAUGCAUAUGCCUUUAAGAAACAGGACAAGCAGCACAAUUAAACAGACUGUUACCAGAGAUUCCCCUGUUAAAUGUUCUAUAAAAAGUUCCAAUUCGGUGACGUCAUCCAAUUCAAGUGUCUUCAGUGAACAACCUAUCUGUUCACACUCAAAUACUGCCUGUAGAAAAACAGAGGUCAUAAGUCACAUGCCCUUGAGAAGUGGUACCAAUUCAACUGCAGAAAUGCCCCCUAACAGGAAAUCUGCUAUUGAAGAAGCUUUAGAAAGCCCUGGGCGCAUGUUAUUGAGGAGAGGGAAUGUAUCUUUGACUGAAAAGCCUUGUGGAUCUGCAACACCAUCUAGUACAAAUAAACGUUCUCCAAGACAACAGACAGUUUUGGCAGAGAGCCCAUUGAGUUCAAAACUAAAAAUCCAAACCCGGAAGAAUAUGGAGGCACAAAUAAAAGACUCUUUAAAUUUGCCAGAUGAAUCGCACUGCAUAGCUAGUCUUCCGCGGACGGAACCUGUUGUUUGUAGUCCCCCCAAGAUUUUGGAAGCUAUAAGGGGAGAAGAACAUCAGCAGUUGAUUUCCAAUUUAAAUACAAAGUUUGAUAAAAUGCACAAAGCUUGGAUUCAAAUGGACAAAGAAGGUCAUCCUGCACCGAAACACAAAAACAAGGCAGACAGACUUAAAGAAAUCUGGAAAAGCAAACGCAGAAUACGAAAGUCAAGACCAUUAGAACAACAGAAAUUCUCUCCUGUGCAAAUGCUAUUCAUGAAGCCCUUUGACUUGCCCAGUAUAUGCAGGUGGUUCUUGGAAUCAACUGAAACAAAAUCACUUGUCAUUGUUAAGAAGGUGAACACUAGACUACCUUCUGAAACACAGCUGUGUUUUCAGACUGCUGGAACGGGGUCCUCUAAUGGGAUAUUUCCGAGUCUGCAGGCUGAACGGUUAAAAAAGCAUCUGAAAAAGUUUGCUAUUGCAUCACCUGUGAAAAAUAACCCCAAGAAUCAAAGGCUAAUAUCAAAAGCUUUAGGUCGGAAUAUCUCUGUUAUGAGGAGUAAAGAAAAACAUGAACCAACAACUGCCACACGGAUCUCUACAAAGGCACAGAGUCUUGCUGGAGUGAAGGCAGCACAGGCUCCUGAGAGCCUUAGCACGAUCACGGGCAUUGCGAAAAAUCCAGCAAGUGCUAGAAUUCUUAGAAAAUAUUCUAACAUACGCGAGAAGCUUCAGGUUCAGCAAAGCAAAAAAUGCAAAGAAAAAACAUUUAAAGGUACUCAUUUGAAAACAUCGAUUAUUCCAAAAAAAGCUGCCAAACAAAAAUUGCCAACACAUAAAGGAGCAAAGUGUGCGAUUGUCCAGAGUUUCAAGUCCUUGACCAAAAAGGCAAAAACAAACGUUACCCUUAAAAAACGAUCUCUAAAAAGAAACCCAGGUCACAAAGAUGGUAUCUCACCAAAAAGGUUGCAGGCGCUCACAAAAAUGACAAAAGGCAAGAAGGAACAUGCCUCGACAAAUGCAUUACGUAAAAAAGAGGCAUUGAUAAAAAAUGGAACUUAUAAGGCACAGCAAACAAAAGCAAGUGGGACUAAGGUUGACAUAAAGAAAUCAGUGCUCAACAAGGGCCCUAACAGUUUGGAACCGCAAUCUCUAGGUGUGAACAUGAAGCCUCUGUCAUUGGAAGACCAAGUGUUAACUAGGUCUCAAAGAAAGUUGGAAGCCACACCUUCACACACUGGGUCCACAAAAAAAUCCUCCACAAAGCGAUGCUUGGAACCAUUGGUCACUCCAACAAAACGAACAAAGACUUCAAAAUCAUGAAAAAUGUGCACAGGUACUAGAUUUAUCUUGACACUUAAGUGGAAAUGUUUCCCGAAGAUCUAUAAGAGAACAACAGUGGGUGAUUAUGUUUUUCAAAACUGUUACUUUUAAGGCACACAUUAUUUUUGAAGAUUUUUUUUUUUUUUUUUAAGCUUGCCCAAGCAUUUUCAGAGCUUUGAAUAUAUUAUCAGCUGAGAGAGAUUCAUCUUAGUUAGCUAGUUUUGUCAAAACAAAUUUCCAGUUAGUCCUCUUUUCAGUGUCAAACUUUUCAAAUAUGCUCUAACAAAUAUAUUUGGUUGUUAUAAAAAUGAUCUAGUUGUGAUUCUUUGUUCUUGAUAAAGCCAUUAAUGUAAAAACAUAUGUAAAAAAUAAUAAAGGUUCGGAUUCCCAUUGAUGGGGUCUAAACUUGGGUUAUAAAUAACCAUAGGUGUCAUUUAUGGGUGGGACUUGUCCCUACCACUUUUUGAUCUUUCGUCAGGUAAGUGUCUAAUGCAGAAGAAACAUUGCCAGUUCUGAAGCAGGAUUUCCCAUUUUGUUUGUGUGUGUUAUAAAUGGCGAUCCGGCAAUGAAAUGUGUUAAUUUUGAAUGUUAUGAGUGCUCGUUACGGCUGCUAUAAAUGACGUUGAGUGACCGGUGACAGCGGCAGUGUUCUCUCUGGCACACAGACUCGUGUCACUUUUCUAUUCUUGUCUAGUUAAAUCGCAAUGCAAACAAAAUUUGUCCCGAUUCAUGAUACACAUCUACUGACGUACAGGUGUAAUCUUGGUUUAUUAAAAUAAAAGUUAUACUAGGGCAGAUUAGAACCAGGAAGUCCUUGUAUUAGAGUCAGAAUCUUUACAACGAGACCAGUUAGUCACCAUAUUGAGCAUAUAGUUGAUCCAUGCAUUUAUCCACAGACUAACAAAAUCCCAGGACCAACAGUUGCAGAUAAAGGAAAAAAGUUGUCAAAUUAAUUAUGUGAAAUAUUUAUUCAAGCACUUGGAGUGGUCAUCAAGAAUGACUAUUUAUCAAAACAGUAAAAUAUUAUUUGAGAUGAUCUAUGCAUAACCUAAUUCAUAUUCAUGAGUGUCAUGACGUCACGACCAACACCCCCCUCCCCAACUGUCCACACCACUUUUAAAAAAAAAACAAAGUAACGGCUAUGUAAAUAAUGUUUUUUUUUUUUUUUCCCACUGUUAAUUGCAUUGCUUUUCCAUGUCAAUUUAUGUCACCCCUUCUCUGAAGGGUUUGAAGGGACAGUCUGUACGCCACUGCUUAGAACUGUUCAGUCAUGAUGUAAAAUUUCUAGGCCAACACAGAAGGCUAAUAAGCCAUAGGCUAUGUUGUGUAUUUAAAUUUAUGAGAAAAAUAAGUUCUGUGGUUAAUAUCACUUGACAUGACAGUGUCAUUCUACAACUUAAAAUUAUACAUAUUAUGCCUCAAAUGUAAAUUUCGAAACCGUUUUGUGCUUUCAAAAUGCAUUACUAACAAAAGUCGAAAACUGCUGUUUUUUUUUUUUUUAAAGCUCAGUGUAAAUUACUGAGAAACCCAUGGCUUGAAAAAUGUUAAUUCGUUUCCAAAAUUUUACAACUGCAAACUAAACAGCUCUAUGAUUACAACUUGUAAUAUUGGAUCAGAUAUAGAUUAUGUAAAGAAUGUUCCAAUAUUCUAUGAACAGUUAAUAGUUUUAGCUAAUUAAAAUGGCUUUGUAACCUGAAUAAUGUGCCUUUUUAUUAGUAGUAAUUUUAUUAUCAAGUAAUUGAGGUUGCCUCAAAAAAUAAAGCCUUACUACUUUUGCACAUAGCAUUGAAGAAUUUUGGGUUGAAAGUUGUUCUGUACAUGAUUUUUUUUUUUUUUUGGAACAGCUUAUACUGUACCUGAGUGCUCCUUAAUUUUCAUUUCUAAGUUAUUAGUAGUAUACAUGUUUUGUUCUUGUGUGUGUGUUUUCCCCCCUAAUGAAUUCCCAAUUUCUAUUUUCUACUCAUUUACACUUAGAUCACUGGAAGUUUAAAUGUUAUUGUUUAUAUUUGGGUGUGGUCUCAUUUUGUUUAUUCCUUUCAGUUGGUAGAAAUGGAUGCAUGGAAACUUCACUUUUAUUUCUCAAGCAGGGUGAUAGUGGGGAACAGUAAUUUACGGAUUAAUGGUUCAAACAUGCUAAACCGGCCAAAUAUUAAAACAUUAACUUUAGCUUAAAACUGAAAUCACUGUAAUUUCACAAACGUUUAAGACUACGCAAGUACAGUAAUGUGCUCAGAGCGAUGAGAUCAGUGAAGCAUUAAUGAGGGGCUCAUGAGUUCCUGAUUGGAUUACAGGUGUUUUGUGGAUAAACUAAAGGAGACCAGAGAAUUUGUUUCAAGUAUUAUACAAUUCGAUGUAAUUAACUUCAGUGAUAACCAUAAGAGCUGGAAUGUUAUAACGAUUUUCUUCCUUUUUUCUGUUUAAUCUGUUUCAUAAUUGCAUUAUUUUCCUAUACUUUGAUUUUUAACCAAACUAAAAUGUAGUUUACUCGCCAUAUACCAGACUUGAUGGAUUUACCCCAAUGAUAUUUAUGGGUUUUGGUUUGAGUAAAUGUGAAAAUUAUAAAAAUGUAUUUGACCUUUCUAAGCUUUAUGCAU